AUGAAGUUUUUGAUUGUCCUUUCAGUCGUUGCUUUGGCAGCAGCUCGCCCUGGCGGUAUCGGCCAUGGUGGAAGCUCCGGAGGAUUCCAAAUUUCAAAUGGAAAUCAAUUCGCAGGACAAUUGUUCCAAUUAGUUCCAAACGGAGGAGCUGGUGGCGGAGCAGGUGGAUUCAGUGGAUCAUCUGGUAGCGGAUUCAGUGGAUCAUCUGGAAGCGGAUUCGGUGGAUCAUCUGGUAGCGGAUUCGGCGGAUCAUCUGGUAGCGGAUUCGGCGGAUCAUCUGGUGGAGGCCAAUUGUUCCAACUUGUUGCUGAAAACGGAGGUGGAGCCGGAGGCUCAUCAUUCGGAGGAGCUGGUGCUGGAGGUUUCGGUGGAUCAUCGGCUGGAGGAUUCGGAGGUCCCUCAGUUACCCAAGUUACCAAGGAUAUCUAUGUCCAUGUACCACCCCCAGAAGGGCCAGAAGAAUUCGAAGGUGGACGCCCUGGAGGUGCUGUCAACCGUAAACACUACAAAAUCAUCUUCAUCAAGGCUCCAUCCGUCUCCAUUCAACAGCAACUUGCUUUGCAAAAUGCUGCUGGUGGCGAAGAAAAGACAAUCGUUUAUGUUUUGGUCAAGAAACCCGAGCUUGCUACUGAAUUGGAAGCCGCCAAGAAAGCCAGCAGCAAGAAUAACAAACCAGAAGUUUACUUCAUCAAGUACAAGAGCCAACGUGAAGGUCAAGGCAAUGCUGGAGGUGCUGGAAGUGGCGCAGGAGCAGGAAGCGGCGCAGGUGCUGGUGGUCAAUUAUUCCAACUUGUUGCUGAAAACGGUGCUGGUGCCGGAGGUGCUGGUGGUUCAUUUGGAGGUUCCGGAUCAUCCUUUGGAGGUGCUAGUGGAUUCGGAGGAUCUUCUGGAUCUAGUGGAGCUGGUGCUGGGGCCGGAGGAUUAUUCCAACUUGUCGCUGAAGGUGGAUCCUCAGGUGGUGCUGGAGGCAGCUCUCAUCACGGCGGUGGCUAUAGUUCUGGUCCAAGCAGCUCUUAUGGACCUCCCCAUAAAAAGUAA